UUCACUUUUCAAGCCUGAACAGGAAAGCACCGUACAAACAGGCAAGCAUUCAACACACAAUAGCGGGACAGCUGAGCCUGAGAGCACACCAUUAUAUCAGUUCUACCGUUGCGCUGUAGACAUGCUAAACAGCAAAUUUCACUGGUGGAAAACUCCUGUAUUAAGUGAAAAGAAGCAACACCGAGAGAGGUGAGGACAAGACACCUUUGAAGACUCUGGGCCACAGACUGAAGAGUGAUAUGGCAGAACUUCUGCCAGGAUUACUCAUUUGUCUGAUGGCAGUGCAGACCAUUCAGCAUGAUGGAAAUGGAACCAGGACCAAAACCAGUAUUUCAACUGGUGCAAUACCAAAAACCUUCAAGGGGAAGAUGUACAGACUUAAUCACACAAACCAUCUGCCAGCUCUCCAUCCCAGCACAAAGCCUUGGCUCUAUGUGAACCCAGAGGACCCAGUGACAGCCUAUACCACAGGGAUCCUCAGUACCUCGGUCAUACCUUCAUCAUACAUUCUGGCCAUGCUUGUGGGUAUCCCCUCCAAUGCCUACAUUCUGGGCUUCCUCAGAGUCAGACUCAGAGCAAAGUCCAUGUCCACAGUAGUUCUUUACCUGAACCUGGCCUUGUCCGACCUGCUGCUCCUGCUUUCGCUGGCGCUGCGUGUUCACUAUCACUUCAACGGAAACAACUGGAUAUUUGGGGAAAUCUCCUGCCGGCUUAUCACAGCCUUGUUUUACAGCAAUGUUUACUGUGCAGCUCAAACAAUAGCAUGCAUCAGUCUGAAGCGCUACCUGGCUGUGGUCAGACCAUUUUUGUACAGAAGGCUGACUAAAACUACGCUGGCAGUGGGGACAUGCUUGGUUGUAUGGUUCCUGUUUGGGGCUGCUAUUGUGCCUGAGCUCCUCGUUAGGCAGAGCUACCAGGUUACCCAGCUGGGGGUCACCACCUGCCAUGAUGUACUUCCCCUAGAAGAAAAAUCCCAUUCCCCAUUGGUGCUAUACAGGCUGAUGCUGGUUUGUCUGGGCUUCAUAGUACCCUUCCUUAUUUGUAUCUAUACCCAUGUGGUAGUAGUAUACCACUUAAGGCAAUCUGGUUGUGACUGGAGACCUUUUAUCAGGGUCAGCACUCUGGUCUUUGUCAUCUUUGUGGUGUGUUUCUUGCCUAGUGGCAUCCUGCAUAUCGCCCACUACAUCCGUCUGUUUUCCAGCGGCGACGACAGACUGUAUGGAUACUACAGAGUAGCAGUGUGUCUCUGCUGCUUCCACAGCUGUCUGGAUCCCUUCCUGUGUUUGCUUGUUUCCAAGACGGCAACCUCAGAGCUACAAUUCAUUUCCCUCCGUGAGAAACCUCAGAGACCUGCAGUUAUAGCAUGAGACUGGAUGUGUGUGUACAGAAAAUAAACAUGUCCCUGCUGGACCAUUGUUGGGACACAGCGGGGAAGCACAAGGAGCAAGGAUGUGAGAGUUAAGACUUUGUACAGUACCAGAAAAGGAAAAAAAUUAACUAUACGAGCAUAACAAUGUAAGAAUGGUAACUUGGUGACACAGUGUCACAGUACGUUGACAACUAUAAUCAAUCCUCUAUCUUGCUUUGUCAGGAGGAUAUUAAAAUACAUAAAUAGACAAUAUUAAUAUAGAUAUUUACUCUUCACUCUUCUUCCAAUUUUUCAUUACAUGUAAAAUAUGUACAUUAAAGUUCUAAAUCAACAA